AUGGGCAUCGCGGCGGCGGCCGAGGCGUCAGGAUAUGAUGAGUGCGCCGCAGCAUGUUUGGCGGGCCGGCUUCUGGAGGACCUGAUAGGCGAUGCAGAGCAGGACGUGCGGCUGGCGGCACUACGCCAGAUGCCGCAGCUGGGCGCGGCACUGCGGUCAAAGGGCGCAGCGCGCGCUGAGCUGGACAUCCAGCGCCACAUGCUGCCGCUGCUGCUCGCGCCCGCGCUGGACGACAGCGAUGAGGUCGCGCGCCAGUCGAUCGUGGCGUUCCAACAGCUCGCCGCGCUGCUGCCGCCGGCAUCGGCCGCGGCAGCCUCGUGGGCCGCCAUCCAGAAGCUGGAGGCCCAGGGUGCAGAGGACGCCGAAGUGCAGGCGGCGCGGCUGUUCGCGCACACGGCGCCCAGCUGGCCCGAGGCGGCGCUGCAGGCGCGGGCGCCGGAGCUGCUGAAGCGGUGGUGCAGCCACCGGGACUUUGCAGUGCGCGAGGCCAUCGCGUGUUGCAUGAGCCUCGUCGCGGAGCGGCUGCCGGUGGGCCUGUGGCAGCGCGCGCUGCUGCCGUGGUUCUCGCAGCUCUGCCGGGACAACAACUGGCGCGUCCGCCGCGCGGCCGCGCUGGACCUGCCGCGCCUGGCGGGCAAGCUGCACCGCCACCAGGCCGGCGGCGGCGGCGGCUGCCGCGGCUGCGGGCCCGGUGAGUGCUGCGUGUGCAGCGCGUGCGGGGCGCGCGCCGGGUGCUGCCUCAGCGAGGGCGGCUGCGCGGCAGCUACGGCGGCGCCGCCGCGCUGCCGCGUCACUGGCGUCGGCGCCGCGCCGCUGGGGGACGCGCCCACCGGCGGAUGCGCGCACAUUGGCGGCGGCGCGGACGCGGGGGACGCGCGCCACUCGGUCCCGCCGCGGCACCAGCAGCAGCUGCACCCGCGCGGCGGCCACCGCGCCGGCGCGGCCGCGUUUGCGAGCUCCUCGGCGCCGUCGUCCGCGUGGGCGGCGCCUUUCAAGCGCGCGUCGGUGGCGGCGGGCGGCAUGGGCAAGCACCCGCUCAGCAGCAGCCUCCUGGUCGACCCCCCGGCCCUGGAUUCACCGGGGUCCUCCGAAUCAUCGUCGCUUUCGUCAUCCGACGAGUCGCCCGACGCGCCGUCGCCCGGUGCGCUGCGCGCGCGCGCGGCGCGGGCGGACGAGCGGGGCGCCUGCGCGGCGGCCGCGGCAUCGGCGGCGAAGGCGGGGGCGGCGACGGCGACGCCCGCUGCCGCCGAGGAGCCCGCCGGCGGCGCGGCGGCCGCGCCGGAGGGCGGUGACGGGGCGCCCGCCGCCACUGCGGCAGGGGGCGGCGGUGCAGAGACGGGCCCGCCCUGCGGCCUCGCUGAGUCGCAGCCGGAGUUGCACGCCUGCUGGGCGGCCCUGCGCGCGUGCGUCGACUGCGUGACCGCCGACAGCAGCCACUGGGUUAAGGUCACCGCCCUCAGCGGCCUCGGGCCCUGCCUGCUGGCGCUGCCGCCGUGCCAGCUCAGCGGGCAGCUGCUCGGGCGGUUCGUGGCCAUGGGGUCGAGCACGACCGUGAUCUAUGAGAUCAGCGUCGCCCUGGCGUGCGCGCAGAGCCUGGGGGCCGUCGCCAGCCGCAUGGGGCCGCAGCGCUGGGAGGACGUCCGGCCAGCAUUCGGCCACCUGCAGGCGUCUCGAGACCCCGCUGUCCUUCAGGAGCUCGUCUCCGCCCUGCCUGCCAUGGCGCGCGCGCUGGGGCCGGGCGUGGUGCAGGCGGACCUGCUGCCGGCCCUGAUGACGACGCUGCACAACCACCUGCCCUGGGUCGACGCCGCCCUCGUCGCCGCGGCGCCGCCGCUGCUGGAGGCGCUGCCGGCGGCGGGCCGCGAGCCGCUGCUGCGCGUGCUGUCGCGGCUGGCGCUGGCGGCCGGCGGGGCCGGGGGCGGCGGCGGCGGCGGUGAGGGGGAGCGCUGUCGCGCGUGGCGGCUGCGCCGGGACGUCGCGGCGCAGCUGGGGCGCCUCGCGCGCGCGUCGGGGCGGGCGGCGAUCGUCGACGUGCUGUGGCCGGCGGCGGUCGCGCUGUGCUCGGACCCGGUGGCUGCGAUCGGCCCUCUGCUGGCGGCGCUGCCGCUGCCGGGCGCUGCGGAGGAGGCGGAGCGAUGCGAGCCGCAGCGCCGCGGCAGCGCCGGCAGGCUCGGCGGCGGCGGCGACACGGCUCCCUCGGCGGCCGGCGGCAGCGCCAGCAGCGCGCGUAACAUGGGCGCGGGGGACGCGCCUGCGCUCGACCCUCUGUGCGUCAGCCCUUCCCUCUACGUUGAUGCGCUGGUCGCCCGCUUCGCCCGCAGCAGCAGCUUCCAAGGUCGCCAGCUGUUUGUUCCGAUGGCCCUUGGGCUGCUCGCCCACGCAGACUUGCCGCGGGCCAAGCAGGAGCUGGUCGCGGCGGCGCUCGAGGCGCUGGCGCGCGACAAGGUAGCGGGCGUGCGGGUGGUGGCGGACGGCGCGGCGGCGGCGCUGAGGCUGGCCGCGGAGGAGUGGGAGCAGCGGCGGCGUCAGCAGCAGCAGCAGGAGCAGCAGGAGCAGCAGGAGCAGCAGGAGCAGCAGGGGCGACAGGAGCAGCAGGCCCAAGAGCAGCAGCGGCAGCAGGCUCCAGAGGCCGACCAGCAGCAGCAAGAGCUGGGCUUGGCAGAGGCGCAUGGGCAUGGCCGCGCCGUCCUUGACGCCUCUCAAGGGGCCGCAUCAGCGGACGAGGCGCCGAGGCGCUGCUGCGCCGCCGCCGGCGGCGGCGGGGCUGCGGCUGCGGUAGCGCUGUGCGCUGGCCUGGCGUCGCAGCUGCACCUAGUGCAGGCGGCGCGCGACCUGGCCGGAGGCCGCGGCGACAGGUUUGAGGCGGCGUCGGCGGCGCUCUGCGGGCGCGGCGCGCUUAUGCGCAAGACGGCGGCCGCGUCGGCGCCGAUAGACGUAAGGGUGGGGCCGCCGUGA